AUGGGAGAAGUUGAGACGUUGAAAGGAAAAAUAGAAGUUAACAAGACUUGUCUUAAUGGGUGGUGUCCUAAUUGGGUCUCUCGACAUCAGUUGGGGAGGAAAGCAACAAAGACAAGCAUUUGUUUGAAGAAGGUAAUUGUAGAUGGAGGCCAAAUUGAAAGCGUGGGGCAUCGUGCUCUUCUAUUAGGUGAACCUUCAGCACCUAAAGAUUUUGAAUUUUGCCGGUCUACGAAGGCUGCUUUUGAUGACAUUAUGGAGGCACUUGAAAAUGAUGGCACCUAUAUGGUUAUAUUGUAUGGGAUGGGCGGUGUGGGUAAAACAACUUUAGCAAGAAAAGUGCAUAAAACGGUCAAAGAAAAGGGCAUCUUUAAGGAGGUUGCGAUGGCUACUGUAUCCCAAACUCCAAACUUCAUAAAUAUUCAAGGUCAGCUGGCUGACUUCCUAAAUUUGAAACUCACGGAGGAAACUGAAGAGGGAAGAGCCGAGAGGUUGUCUUCAAGAUUGUCAAAUUCUAAUAAUAGCCUUAUAAUCCUCGAUGAUGUUUGGGAAGAAUUCAAUUUCGAGGAAAAAAUAGGUGUUCCAUUGAGCAAAGGUUGCAAAAUGCUUUUGACAACCCGCUACAGAGAGGUAUGCACUUAUUGGAAGUAUCAAUCAUUAAUUCAUCUAGAUGUUUUAAAGGAACACGAAGGAGUGGCUUUACUAAAAAAGGAAGCAGGCAUAGAUGAUGAUUGUGUCAACUUGAAUACUUUGGCUACUCGAAUUGCUAGAGAAUGUGGUGGUUUGCCUUUAGCACUUGUAACCACCGGAAGGUAUUUGAGAGGAAAGAAAGAUAUCGAAAUAUGGGAAUCUGUGUGUGAAAAACUAAAAAAGUCAAAACUGGAGGAUUUAUGUCUUGUUAAUAGUACAGAGAGAGGUGUCUACGCCAGUCUUAAGUUGAGUUAUGAUUUUUUGAAGGAAGGUAAAAUUCGAUUGUGUUUUUUGAUGUGUUCAUUAUUUCCUGAGGAUUUUGAAAUUCCUUUGGAGGAUUUGGUUAGAAUAGGAGUGGGGUUAAAUUUAUAUGAAGGUGUUUCAUCCAUUGAAGAAGCAAGAAAGGACCUACGUUUAAUUGUUGAAACCUUGAAGGCUUUGGGUUUGCUAUUAGAUGCUUCUAAAAAAGAAUUUGUGAGAAUGCAUGAUAUAGUUCGUGAUGUUUGUCUAUGGAUAACAUCAAAGGGGGAGAACAUAUUCAUGAGCAAGAUUGGCAUGGAUUUGACGCAGUUGACAAGGGAGAAAGGCUGGAAACAAUAUACAGCAAUCUCCUUGUUGGAAAACAAACUUAAAGAGCUCUCUGUUAGACUGGAAUGUCCUCAGCUUAAAAUAUUGCUAUUGGGUGGUGAAAAUAAACGGUCACAGUUGAAAGUUUCAGAUGAAUGUUUCGAAGAGAUGAAAGCACUAGAAGUUGUGAGUUUAAGAUAUGCAGACCUUUCACUGAAAUCACUUCAAUUCUUGACAAAUCUCAAGACUCUGGAGUUGUUUGGUUGUAAUUUGAGGGACAUUUGUUUCCUUGCCAAGCUGAACAAACUUGAGAUUCUUAGCUUUAGAGGUUCUCGUUUUGGCGAAUUACCAAUAGCAUUGAGUGAACUUAAGGAACUAAGAAUGUUGGAUUUACGUUGGUGUUUUGAGCUAGAAAGAAUUCCUUCCAAUUUGAUACGAAGCUUUUCUCAAUUAGAAGAAUUAUACAUGGAGGACAUCUUUGAAGAAAGGGAGGUUGAAGAGAAGAGUAUAGAAACAGGCAAUGCUAGGCUUUCAGAGAUGUUCACAAGUUCCACUCAUUCAAUUAAUGCAACCAUCACCACUACCAUUGCCACACUAGUACGCAAGGUCCUGAAUAUAUACAACCAACUAGCUGCUCAACUAGGCCAAUACCCGUCUAGUGUAACUCGCAAAAUCCCUCCCAAGGUCUAUCCUCCGGGUGUAAUCUCGCCUAGAGCUCGUCAGGCGCCCAACCUGUCUCGAUAG